UGACCAGUGACGUUAACAAAAACCAGGAAAUUAUCAAAGCGUCAAUCGCAUGAGUAGAGCUCGCGUUUGCUUAGGUUUUGUUGUUCAGUUGUCUGUGGAAAAAUCGGCUGAAAUGCUCAUGCCGUAUAAUUGGAGGACAUGCUUUGGAGUUACUGCUUAGUUGUGUCGGUUAGCAUUGCCAUGUUGUAUUGACGUUUAUCAACUAGCAUUAAUGGUAGCUCCCAUAGUUUGUCUAUGCACCGCUAAAAUUGAUAAGUAAGUAAGAAUGGAGACUCGCUUCACCCGAGGCAAGUCUGCUUUAUUGGAGCGACCUCUGAGCCGACCAAAGACCGAAGUGAGUGUGAGCGCCUUCGCCCUGCUGUUCUCGGAAAUGGUGCAGUACUGUCAGAGGCAGGUGUACUCUGUGUCCGAGCUGCAGGCUCGGCUGUCGGAGCUGGGUCACCGGGUUGGAGGCAGCCUGCUAGACGUGCUGUUGCUGAGAGAGAAGAACGCCAAGAGGGAGACCAAAGUACUCAAUAUACUGCUGUUUAUCAAGGUAACGGUGUGGAGAGCUUUGUUUGGCAAGGAGGCAGACAAGCUGGAGCAGGCCAACGAAGAUGACAAGACCUACUACAUCAUUGAAAAGGAGCCCCUGGUCAACACUUUCAUCUCUGUUCCUAAGGACAACAGCAGCUUGAACUGUGCUGCCUUCACAGGAGGAAUCGUGGAGGCAAUCCUCACCCACAGCGGCUUCCCUGCCAAGGUCACCGUCCACUGGCACAAGGGCACGACUCUCAUGAUCAAGUUUGAUGAGGCGGUGAUCACCCGAGACAAAGCACUGGAGGGAAAAUAGAGGAGAAGCAGGAUAAUGAGAAAUCAAGGGGGCAUGUUUGUAAUUGUGUGCAUGUGUAUGAGUUGCACUUUGGAUUUAUUUUGUUCUUUUCUUUUUUGAUUGAUUUUAGAUUUAUAAAAUACCUGACAAGCCCUCAAAGAUUUACAGUUUUAUCUCACAGAAAAGAUAUAUAUUUUUUGCAUUUGACAUGCUGGAAUACCUUGACUUAUCUGUUAUUACAGAACUGAUGGAGUGAUGUGUACCUCUCACAUGCUUGUGUUCCAGGUUCACAACAACAUAGCGUAACAGGUGAGCUGCCCAAAGAUAAGGUAGCCUAACAUGCAUCAUGAGUGAAGCUUAGAAUUAAAAGAAUGUAGUUUAUAUAAUAUUGUUUAUAGAAUAUUUUUUUCUAUUAACAAGAGGAUUUUUAUGUGAAAUUCUGGGAAUUAAAAUCAUUAAAUGUUAUAUCCGUAGUCCUACUCAAGGGUGUUUACCAUUUAGUAACAUUGGAAAUGAAUAGUUUCGAAAGCAUGGAGGGGAAACGAGUCAAUAUUUGGAACAAAAAAAAAACUAAAAUUCUGCUUCUUCCUCUGAUCAUGAAUGUAUGGUGCUACACUGUGAAUAAAAAUGUGAUUUGUAAGAAAUGA